AAACCCCAGGGCUCAGUUGUCUAGUGCAAAAGUAUGAAUCAGAUGAUGGAGAAUCAUCCCUUGCCUCUGAAAAGCACCAUUGCCACAUGGCUGAGGCCCAGCUCCACAUUGUGGAUGGUGGAUAUCACCCUCCCCUUCUUGUGUGGAGUGGGGCUCUUCCUCCUGUUAUUCCCCUGCCUCAAGAGUGACCCAUCCUCACCACUGCUAGGAGGAAGGGCGGCAUCAGGAAGGGUGCUUCAGGACCAAGACUUUCCUGGUUGUCUGGCUGAUCUAAGGGCUGUGCUGAGCCCUGAGAGCCUCCAUUCAGAGGCUGGAGUGACCUCUGGCCUUGGGCAGCAGGAUCCUGUGCGGCAGCUCAGAUGCUCUGAAGAAACGAGUCUGUUUCUUCAGCACAGGAACAGGGAACAAAGACAUCCACGGUGGGGAGCCUGUGGAAGAUGCUGCCCUCAUUCUGUUCCCAUUGACUUCCCAGCUCCUCUGUCUAAAUUCCCCUUGCUUCUUGCCUCUACCCUGUCACCAAACCCAGAAAACUCAGAUUCUGUCUCUUCACACUCAUCUCUGGCUUCCUCUCAGCCACCAGAGCAUUUGCUUCCCCUAGGACACCAUCCACCUAAGCCAUUUGCACAUCCCCUUCCUCCAUUGUACCCCCCUAAUCCUGUGGACUACUCUCCACCUUCUCCAGCCCUCUCUGCUCCACCACUGCCAGGCAUCACUCUGACUCUGUCUCAGAGUCACUUGAUGGCACUGCCACUGCAUUCAAUUGCAUGGAGCUCAUUUUCACAUAAUGACCAGGAUGGAUGCCCCAACCUCAAUCCUUCUUUCCAUGCAUUUCCAGCCCCCACCUCUGGGUCAGGUACAAACUCAGGCCUACCUCCAUCUUCCCUAACCCUACUACCUUCUGCACCCCAGAUAAGUGAUCACAGAGCACCUUUGUCUACAUGCCAGAGUAAAUCAUCAUCUCUCACCCCAACUGAAACUGAACAUCCAGAAUGGACCUUCCUGAGGCAUCAGUUAGGAAGAAGGUGGGCUUCACCUUCUGUGGAACAAAGAUUUCAAGAAGUCUGCCAUCUCCUUGCUCCCAUAUUUUUCCAAAAUACCUGGGCAGACUCCAUCCUUCCUGAGAAUUUCCCCAUUAGCAGUGACCUCCGAAGGCAACUGCAGCAACAUAUUCAAGAGUGGCUCAUUCACCACCGCUGGGAAUUACCUCAAUGUAUCCAAAAGUCUGUGGAACUGUUGCAGCCUCAGAACAAAUCACCAGUGACAUGUCAGGCAAAAGACAAGCCUGGCCUCACAACAUCUUCAGUGUCUAUGGGUGAAUGCAGAAAGAACCCACAGGACAUGAGAUUACAGCUAGGCAAGAAGCCAGGCAUGAAGCUGUGUCAUUUCCUAGGGAAGGUCCCAGAAGAUCCAUCUAGAGUCUUGGAAAGCUCCCCAGUAAAGGCUUUGGGGGUGUCCUCUGAGAAGUCACAGAGACAUUUGGCAAGGUCCUUGAAGAGUGACUCUGGAAAUAAUAUAUUAGGAAGCAGAGAUAAGAACCUUCUAGAAAAUAUUCCUAAUGUCCAUUUGGGGGCAAAGUCUGGGCAGAUCAAUGAAGAGAUGACUCCUGUAAGGGUGGGCCCAUCCUGGACUACUGACACUCACCUGUCAAAAAGUUGGGAAACCUGUGUGAGUACCUCACAGGAGCUGACCUUCCUCAAUCCAUUCACUCAACAGGCACUGGAUUCACAUAUUGUGAGGCACUGGGUGAAGCACAGAUGGAGUUUACCCCUCAAGGUUCUCAAGUUCAUAAAUAUCUUGCAAAAGGUUCAACCUGUAUCUCUUCCACAGUUUGCCUGUCCCUCCUCAGCUGCUGGUGAAUCUGGAGCUAAUUCAGUAUUUGAAGUUGCCAAGGUCCUUGGGAAACUACCUCAGACAUAUCCAGAAGAGAAGGUGAUAAUAAAUGAGCCCAUUUUCACAUCAGCAGAUUUUGGCUCUCUCUCCUCCCCUGCAGACAGAGAAAUUGAGGGGACUCCAAUAAGAAUCACAUCUACUGAUGAUCUCAGGCCUUCAGAGGCUCCUCCAACUGGGCAGGAGAGCAGACAGCCUUCUUGGACUCUCAACUGUCAGAGCAGGACUGUCCUGGAGGCAGAGAGAAGCAACUUAGAGGUCCCUUUACUCCCUCGAAUAUCGUUUGCUCGAGACUCAGGAGAGAUCUGCCUUAAGACAGAGGUUGUUAGUGAGGAAGAGCACACAGAGGAUGAAGAGUCAGUGAAGCGACUUCAAGUCCGUGCCCUUCAUGAUAUCCUCAUCAGCUGUUGUCUGGACAUGCUUAAUGCAGCAGAGUUUGUGGAUUCCCAGAUUCACAAGAAUAUGCCUGUUGGGGGCAAACAAGAUUUCCAAGUGGCAAGUGAAACCAUGGCAGUGAGAGGGAGCAGCCUGGAGCAGCAGAAGCCCAGGGUCCAGAAACAUGAGGACUCAAGGAACAGCAAAAGUGAGAUGCAUGUCCAUGCUUACCAAAGUGAGUGCUAUAGGAGACCCAAUCCAGAAAAGCCUAAAAAAAAGUCUAGAGACUUUGAAACUUCAACACUUACCUACAUCACAUGGAAAGAAGAACUCCUUCAGAGUGAAUCCCCCCAGCUCCUGCUGAAAAGCACACAGGUUUCUCCAGUAACCUGCUUCCAAGCAACCACAAACCACUUUCGUCAAUGGAUUUGUCCCAAUAGAAAAAUCCAAAAGCAGGGAGAUCCUCUGCAAAAAUCACCCAGUUCUGAGAGCCAAAGACCAGACACAGACACACCAUGUACAGACACAUCAUCUACCAUGGCUGAAGCAGAGGGGCAGUUGGCACCUGCUGGGCAGCUAAAAGAGAAGAAAAUGAAGCCCCACCAUGAUCUUUCUGCUUCAAAAGUAAAUCAGCACAGAGAGGAACUCGACAGUUCAGUCUCUAGGGUCUCCUGUUGCCACAUACCUUCCAUCCUGUCAGAGCAGAGAAGUCUGAGCUAUACAGCCUACAACCACAAAGCUACUCUCAAGUGUCAGAGUUGUCCCACUUGGCAAAGCCAUGUGAGAGACCAACAGUCCUUUCAGAGAAUGCAAUUCAACAAUGAAGGCCAGUGCCUGAGGCAUCCCCAUGUCUCACUAUCAAGCAAGGCUGUGUCCCCAGUCAGUUCCUCCCAGCAUGGGCCAGCAAUGCCACAUACUGCAGUCUACCAUUCCCACUGCCAAAGGCACUGUCAUUUUCAGGGAUCUGGCUGGUCUGUUCAUCCAGAAUUUUGUUCUCUAGUUGUCCCUUGUAGGAAACAUGUCUCCAUGGAAAAACUUGGCCUCUGCAGAGAAAAAUAAUUUUCCUCAUGUCAGUACCUGCAAGAUAUUUGAUGUUCCUUAAUAUACAUUUUUCCUCAUAAGAUGAUAAUGGCUAGUAUAUGUUCUGUGCGUGGGGUGGGCUUUGGUUUCCACAAGGGAUGAGGCAUGACAGGAGGUUGACAGUGUUGAUAAAGCUUGUGUCUAUCCCGAGAUUCUUUGUUGCAACUUUGGCACCAUGAUGUCAUCAUUACCCAAACAAGAGCAAUCAGAAACCAGAUGAGAAAAACCUAUGAAUGUCUUACCCUAGUAUUUGUUUCAACUCAUCUCUCCACUCCUCCUUCUCUACUUGAAACUUUAUGCAGUUAUAGGGACAGGUGCAUAGAGGCAAACUGGCCUGAAAAUUCCCACACCAGGUUCCAGGAAGUGAAAGAGGUAAGUUGCUUCAUGUAUUACACAGUGGGAUGAGUUUGAAUGGGAGCUGCCAGGGCCUGAGUUUUAAGGCAAAAUAAAUCUUGAUUUUGGA